GGGAGGGGCCAUGGUUGAUAUUUCCGAGUUCCUAAGCACUUGCUCGCCAUUUUGCUUUCGUUGUUCGAGGAAUCAGGACGUGACAGUCAGCAGAAAUCCAAAUCAUGAAUAAUUAUCCUGGGAUAUGCUUAGUGUUCUGUUUUGCAAUAUUUGGAUUGGGCUCUGCCAUCCGCUGUGUCAAAUGCAAGGAUGACACCGGGAGCUGCACAACUACACAGGACUGCCGUGUUGAUGAGGAUGCCUGCCUGACACUAGCUGAGAGAGGGGGACAGACAACUCGGCAGUGCAUCAAGGUCUCUGACUGCGACUUCAAUCGAUUGGCCCAGAUGUUUCCAUCUGUACCAAAAUUUACCUUCGAUUGUUGCACCAGUGACCUAUGCAAUGGAGCCACAUCCAUUGGCACUGGCAAGCCCUUGCUGGGCCUUCUUGCCUCAUUGGCAGUGAUGUGGUGGUGUAUGCAGUAACCUCUCCUCACACUUACAUCUUAGAAGCUCUAAUGCUGCCAUUCGACUCAGAAGCCACUGAUGGAACGGCAAGCAGGAAGAUAUGAUCUAAAAGCUCAUGCUGAAAUUCUGCCUUAUUUGCCUGACUUACUGCUGCACAUAUUGAAUUUGACACUUUGCACUUAAUUGGAUUUUAAAGCAUUCUAUGAUAACCUAUUUGUUGAUUACCAAUGCUUUGUGCUUCAGCCCAAGGGCUGAAAAUAGGAAACGUGCUCACAGGUCAUGAGUUUGGAAAAGGUAUAUCAUUCAACCAAUCCUAUUUUGAGGCUUGUAAAAUAGACUAACAAUUUCCAUCUAAGGGGGUUUGCUCAGAAUUAUGACCAAGUAUUGCUCCAAUAGGUUGUCUAUAGUUGUUGACCCAAAGUUACUAUGAUGUGCUUAAAUGUAAGGGAUAAUUUGAGAAAUGUUUGUGGGUCUGUGAUUGAGUGGAUAAAGUAUUGAUUGUAUAAUUAAAAAUGCAAAUACUGUGGAA